UGAACAACAACGAAUCGAAUCGAUAAUGAAACGACGACGACGACAACAACGACCACCACCAAUUGAUACACAACCAAUAUAUAGAUUCAAUUGGACAGCAUUACAAUGGCAUUUUAUGCUUAGUUUUUCAUUGAUAUUCAUCACACCAUUGAUUGAUGUUAUUAUAUUUAUGCCCACCUAUAUGGACAUACCACGUAAAGAAUUUCAUUUUUCCAUUUGGACAGCAAUAAUUGUUGCAUUGUUGACCAUUUUAGCUAAUAAUGAUAUUCAUGAACAAAAAGAAUUAAUGGAAAUACGUAUAUUACCUAUUGGUUUGUUUGCACGUUUUUUAUUUGGAUUUUCUAUUGCUGAUUUAUCAUUAUUAUCAAUACAAUGGUUAUACAUUUAUUGUUCAUGGCCAUAUCUUUAUAAAAAUAUUCGUUUUAUUGGUUAUCGAUUAAUAUCGGGUACUGGUAUGUUUCGUAUAAUCGAUAUGUUAGAUGAACAAGCUGAACAAAAAUUUUAUGUUGAUAAAAUAAUCGAUUAUGAUGGUUGUGCAUUGUUUCUAAUGCAAACAAUACGUUUAACAAUUAUAACGGCAAAAGUAUUACUAGCACAUUCUAUAAGAUGGCAGAUUAGUCGACGUAAUAUUCAUAUAUAUCGUAUGAUGAUGAAAAAAUCAAAACAACAACGAGGACGACGACGACAACGACAACGAUAUGAAAGACGACGGCAACAGCAACAAAUAUGGAAAGAUAUGCAAAUUUCACUUUCAUUUGCAACAUUAAUCAUUCAUCAAGGCGAAUUUUUUAUCCGUCGAAUAUUUGGUUUGCUUUAAUUUU